CCUACCAAUUACGACGAAUUCUCUUACUUCCCUUCCAAUGUUCCUGUAGAGAAAGCUAGCAUUCCAGAGGGAUCCCAGCGGCUCAUCAUACGAAAGCCGAAGUUUUUUUAACUCACAGGUCGAUUGUCGAAUCACCAAACCCUACCUAAUAGAGACGUAUAAGCUGACAGAAAAAAAAAUUUUUUUUAAAGGAGGAUUUUGGCAAGUUUUCUGUGAUAAAUGUUACUUAAAACACUUGUGUCUGGCGGUAAGAAGAGAUCAGAGAUUACUGAGCGAGAAGGAGAGAGCUGCGAUUGAAUUGUUCUCAUGAAUGUUCUUAAAAUGGCGGAGACAGGAAGAUCAGCGCUUUUGCUGCCAGCAUUAUCAUGGAGGUAAGUAAAAGGGGGAGACUGAGGAUGAGGAUCAAACACAGGAAAUCAUCAGCUUUCCAUUGCAAUGCAGGAAGCAGAUGUUCCGUGUCAAUUGUUUUGUGGAGCCUUGUGGGAUGCAUCCUCAUCAUCCAUUUCGUCUCCCUACUCAAUCAGAAGAAUGAGGAUAACCGAGUUAGAUUGAAAAACCAUAACUUUACGCAAGAAUUAGAGGAAUAUGAGGACGAAGAAUUUCACAUGCCUGCUCCGCGUGGCAAGAGGAAUCCUCGUGCUUUCAAAAGGAAGGGACCGAGGAAGCAACAUUCUGUGAUCGAUGAGUUUCUCGAUGAGUCAUCUGAGUUGAGGCCUUAUUUCUUCCCUGAUCAAAAGUAUGCAAUUGGUCCGACGAGGGAGAUGAACGACAGCAAGCAUUUCUAUCCGGGGCGGCUGUGGUUGGACACCAAUGGAAAUCCUAUUCAAGCUCAUGGAGGAGGGAUUUUGUUUGAUGAGAGAUCGGCGACGUACUAUUGGUAUGGGGAGAACAAAGAUGGGCCAACCUACCAUGCUCAUUCUAAAGGAGCUGCGCGGGUUGACAUUAUUGGGGUUAGCUGCUACUCUUCUAAGGACUUAUGGACAUGGAAAAAUGAGGGUGUCGUCCUUCCCGGAGAUGAAUCCAACGCCACCCAUGAUCUUCACCGCUCGAAGGUGCUCGAGAGGCCCAAAGUCAUCUAUAAUGACAACACCGGCAACUACGUUAUGUGGAUGCACAUUGAUGACGCCAAUUACACAAAAGCUUCUGUCGGUGUCGCCGUGAGCGAUUCGCCAUUAGGCCCUUUUAAGUAUCUCCGCAGUAAACAACCUCAUAAUUGUGAUAGUCGCGACAUGACUAUCUUCAAAGAUGAUGAUAGGAAGGCAUACCUCGUCUACUCGUCGGAGGAGAACAGCGAACUCCAUGUCAGUCUGCUGACCGACGACUACCUGGACGUCACCGAUCAGAUGCAAAAGAUUCUCAUCGGUCAGCAUAGGGAGGCUCCGGCCAUAUUCAAACAUAAAGGAACAUACUAUAUGAUAACUUCAGGGUGCACGGGGUGGGCGCCGAACAGGGCAAUGGCGCAUGCGGCAGAGGCGAUGAUGGGGAUGUGGGAGACGAUUGGUAACCCUUGUGUCGGCGGGAACAAGAUAUUCGAACUGACCACUUUCUUUUCACAGAGCACUUUCAUCGUUCCGAUUUCGGGGCUGCCGGGGGUGUUCAUUUUCAUGGCGGAUCGGUGGAAUCCAUCGGAGCUGAGAGAUUCCAGGUAUGUUUGGUUGCCUCUGACAGUAGGUGGAGUGGUUGAUGAACCAUUAGAAUACAAUUUUGGGUUUCCAGUUUGGUCUAAGGUCUCCAUUUUCUGGCAUAGGAGAUGGAGACUUCCGAAUUGGUGAACUGCUUAACAUUGAGUGUACAAUGUUUUGUAGAUUUUUUUACAUAUUGUGUAUAGUGUAAUAAAUGUUUUUGUAGAUUUUAGUUCCAUUUUCAAUAUUCAAAAUGUUGAUUUAGGACUUUCGGAUAACUAAAGCAUGUACUCAAACUCAACAUAUAAUCAUUAGGUGUAUUGGUU